ACCAACAUUAAAGACGGGAGCUUGCUUGGUACCGGCUGGCUGCUCUGUGCUCGCAGGCGACAGGGCAAACAUGCGUUCAGAUUUGUCCCUCAUCAAGAACUCUGCUUUUAAAGGGAUUUACUCUUUGGUCGGAUUGGCAGCAGUGAAUUUUCUGUUGCUUCCAGGAAUCUGCCUCCUCCACCUGUCGGAUGUGUCAAAUGCUGAGCCAUCUGUCCCUGUUUCAGAGGACAACAACACAGAAAUACUACUCCUGGUCUGGCACUACAGAAAAAGAAAUCCUUGUGAUUGCUGGGAAAAGUUUCGGAUCAGUGGGUGUACAAUCACUGAAGACAGGAGCAUGUACAACAAGGCUGAUGCUGUGGUCAUGUGGCACCAGGAUCAUCAAACCAUUUCGAAUGUUAAAGCUCGGUUGCCUCCAGAGCCACGACCACCUGCGCAAAAGUGGAUAUGGGGCAACUUUGAGUCUCCCACAAAUGUUAAGCGACUGUGGAAAUUUGAAGGUAUUUACAACCUCACACUGAACUACCGAGAAGACUCUGAUAUCUUUCUGCCUGUUGGGUAUUUAAUACCAAAUGUGUUAUUAGAUAAAGUUCCUCAGGCCAGUCUUGCACAUCGGCUCAACUCUUCCUCGGAUCCUCGUCCUGGCUUUGUGGCCUGGGUGGUCAGCCACUGGGAAAAUCGUUUGGAGCGUGUGCGCUUCUACAAACUUCUUAAGAAUCACAUCAAAAUCGACGUGUUUGGGCAUGCAGGGACCAGAACCUUACCAAAAGGCAGGGACAGUGUGGUUCAAAUGAUCAGACAGUACCGGUUCUACCUGGCCUUCGAGAACUCUCAGCAUACCGACUACAUCACAGAGAAGCUGUGGAACGCGGUGCAGGGCGGCGCCAUCCCGGUGGUUCUGGGUCCAUCCAGGAAGAACUACGAGCGCUGCCUGCCCCCCGAGGCCUUCAUCCACGUUGAUGACUUCCCCACAGUGCAGGAGCUGGCCCUGUACCUGCGAAAGGUGAAGGACAGUCCAUCUCUGAUCCAGAUGCACCUCAGCUGGAGGAAAGACUACAGCCUGUACAUAAAGUUCAUGUGGGGUGAACCGUACUGUAGAGCCUGCCAGGCAUUGAAAAUGAGGAAAGGCAAGAUUGAUGUGGUCAAAAACCUUACAGCAUGGUUUUAUCCAUGAUAUCUCAUGAAAAACUAAAGAGUAUUUAGGAUUCCAUGUAACAUGAUGUGCUUUUAAUAAGAUUUUGUUGUUUGGCGGGUUGAAUUGCUAAACUAAUAAACAAAGAUAAAUAUUUUCACUGUGUUUUUUAAUGCUAAAUUUCUAAAAAUACUGCUCUACUUAAGAUUCCACAGCGGUGUGUAGUAUUUUGUACUUUUGCAUAAUUGUUGAUUGUUUUAUCUGAAAUUUCCAUUCAUUUAUUGUAAUGUAUCCUCUUGUUGUAGCGGUCGUGGGGGCCGCUGAGUAUCGCUGCAUGGGGCAGCCUGCUCCGGAGAGCCGCAAGGCAUUGUGGGAGGGACUUAUUUUGGACAUUUGGGGGCUUAUUUGAUGGGCUAUUUGAGUUGCUGGUGUUAUGUUCGUGCCUAUUUGUGCUAUUUAGUUCUGCUUCUCUUAUCUGUUAAUUUUGUUGGGGCAUCUUCUGUUUUUCAUUGUGGUCUCACCUUGAGUGAGAGGGAUCGCAGGGGAAAUGACCUGGGCCUGUGUGCCACUGUUUGAGAGUGCUUGUUUAGAGUGUUUGUUUAGAGUGCUUGGUGACUUGUCACAAUAAAAGC